AUACAAGCUGCGACCAUGGAGGACCUCCCCCCUCCCGUCCAGGGCCCAACUGCCAAGGAGAAGAAGUAUGAUCGCCAGCUACGCCUUUGGGGAGCUACAGGCCAGGCCGCGCUGGAGAGCUCCCAUAUCCUGCUCAUCAAUUCCGGCCCGGGUGUUGUCGGCGUAGAGACGCUAAAGAACCUUGUACUGCCGUGCAUCGGCGACUUCACAAUUCAAGAUCCAGCCGUCGUCACAGAGGCAGAUUUGGGCGUCAACUUCUUCCUUGAAGACCAGCAUUUGCGAGGCUUCCGUGCAGAGCACACGUGCAAUCUACUCAAGGAGCUCAACCCUGAUGUCAACGGCCACUUUGUCACAGAGCCUAUUGAGUCAUGGCUAUCACAACCAGACGCUCUGCGACCCUACUCCCUCAUCAUUGCGACCGCGCCCAUCCGCCCAGACAUCCUCGCCAAAAUCUCUGAUCAUGCAAGCGCUGCGCUCAUUCCAUUAUUUUAUAUCCAUUCAGUCGGCUUCUACUCCCACUUCUCCGUCCACCUGCCUCCCGCAUUCCCCAUUGUAGACACACAUCCGAGCCCUGAAACGACAUCAGACCUUCGAUUAGUGCAGCCGUGGCCCGAGCUAUUACAAUAUACCGAAGAGAAGACAGCGGAUCUGGAAAACAUGGAGGCUGAAAACCAUGGGCACGUUCCAUGGAUAGCAUUGCUGCUGUAUUUCCUCGAGAAGUGGAAGAAGGAACACGGAGGAGAAGCACCGCAGACAUACAAGGAAAAGACCGAAUUCAGAAUUACCGUUUCGCAAGCCGCACGCACAAACAACCCAGAAGGUGGCGAAGAGAACUUUGACGAGGCUGUAGCAGCUGUGCUAAAGUCUCUGAAUCCACCUCAGCCAGGCAGCGCAGUCAAGGAGAUCUUCACAGCGCCAGAGUGUCUUCUGAUCCGCGAGGACUCACCUAGCUUCUGGGUCAUCGCAAACGCCAUUGGCUUGUUCUACACCAAGUACAAUGUUUUGCCCGUGCCUGGCUCUGUACCGGAUAUGAAGGCUCGCUCGGCAGACUAUAUCCAACUACAAAAUGUCUACAAGUCCAAAGCACGACGCGAUCUAGCCGAGGUCGUGGAGAGCGUGCGCUUCUUGGAGCGAAAUGCCAACCGCAAGCUACCAAUUGACGAGAAGGACAUUGAAAUAUUCUGCAAGAAUGCAGCGCACAUCAAACUAGUUUGUGGGCGACCGUUUCAUGUCGCGAGAGCAGGCGAGAAGAUCAAGUGGGGUGAUCGCGCAAAGCCAAUCGCUCAGAUGCUCACCUUUCCCGACUCACAAAUCCCGUUGUACAUUGCAUUCCUAGCCUGGGAUGAGUUUGCUGCGACGCAUGAUCAAGACGACCUGGGUGGAGCACCUCGUGUUGCCGGAGAACGCGACCCAGACGCAGACUCCGAAAAACUCACUGGAAUCGCCUUGAAAAUUGCAGAUGACUUAAUCAAGGAAGCAAACGCUUCAGUCGAAGAGGGAGAGUAUGUAGCGAUCACGUUACAGAUUGGAGAUUAUGCACGUGAACUCGUGCGAGCUGGCGGCGCUGAACUCCAUAAUAUUGGCGCCUUGACAGGAGGCAUAGUCUCACAGGAAAUCAUCAAGGCCAUCACGAAGCAAUAUGUUCCUGUUGAUAAUACGUGUGUUUUUGAUGGCAUCAAGAGCAAGAGCACUGUUUUCAGGGUUUGAGGAAAGUAGUCCUGUCAGGAUGUGUGGUGCCACAUGACUUUGGCUUAUGAUCGAACAAGAAGGAAUUGUGGCAGCCGUGAUCUGAAAUGGCGCGACCUUGUACCCAGUUUGCGGAGACAAGAUGUCAUUCUCACUAACAGGCGGGAUAAGUGCAUCCAAUCUUGCGGAUGACUUUGAAUGGAAAUCAACAGAUGAGUUGAAUUCACCUGCGACCAAUGAUCAAAGGUUCAAAGAGCAGGACUAACUGUAGUGAAACGCGAGUUGAAAGAUGAUGAAAUCAAAGCACAAUGAAUCUCAAAGCAUAUACCGGCCGACAAAGUGACAGUCACUUAGUUAAUGCCAG